AUGGACCCCUGUCGGCUCACCUGGGCGCUGGUGCUGCUGGGCCCGGCCUUGGCGCUCGCCCUAGGCCCUGCCCCCGCCCAGGAAGCGCCAGAGAAGCUGUGCGGCCACCACUUCGUGCGCGCGCUGGUGCGGCUGUGCGGGGGCCCGCGCUGGUCCCCCGAGGAUGGGCGACCUGUGGCUGGCGGCGACCGUGAGCUGCUACAGUGGCUGGAAGGACGACAUCUCCUCCAUGGGCUGAUGGCCAGUGGGGACCCCAUGCUGGUACUCGCCCCACAGCCCCUGCCCCAGGCCUCUCGCCAUCACCACCACCGCCACCGCCGGGCAGCUGCCACCAACCCUGUCCGUCACUGCUGCCUCAGUGGCUGCACCCGGCAAGACCUGCUGACCCUCUGUCCCCACUGA